AUGGCGAUUUCUCAAGAGCUUUAUCCUUCAGAAAAUGAUUUGGUUUACGAAGAGGAAUUGCUUCGCAACCCUUUCAGUCUUAAAUCAUGGUGGCGAUAUCUCAUCGCUCUUUCAGAUUCUCCAUUCAACAAACGUUUUAUCAUCUACGAACGAGCACUCAAAGCUCUUCCUGGAAGCUAUAAGCUCUGGCAUGCUUACCUUCGCGAACGCCUCCAAAUCGUUCGCAGUUACCCCAUUAUUCUCCCGCAGUCCAAAACCCUUAAUGACACUUCCGAACGUACUCACCCGCAGUUCAAGAUUCUUAAUGACACUUUUAAACGUGCUCUCAUUACCAUGCACAAGAUGCCUCGUAUAUGGAUAAUGUAUCUUCAAACAUUGACGCAUCAAAAACUUAUAACACGCACAAGACAAACCUUUGAUCUUGCUCUCCGUGCACUUCCCGUUACUCAACACGGUCGCGUUUGGGACCAUUAUCUGUUCUUUGUUUGUCAAAAGGGUAUUCCAAUUGAAACCUCUCUUAGGGUUUAUCGCAGGUUCUUGCAAUUUGACCCUAAUCGUGUUGAAGAUUUUAUCGAGUUCUUGAUUAGUUCUGGUCUUUGGCAAGAAGCGGCUGAGAGGUUGGCUUCGGUGUUGAAUGAUGAUAAGUUUUAUUCUAUUAAGGGUAAAACGAAGCAUAGGCUUUGGUUGGAGUUGUGUGACUUGUUGACUAGGCAUGCGAAUGAAGUUUCUGGGUUGAAUGUGGAUGCAAUCAUUAGGGCUGGUAUUAAGAAAUUCUCGGAUGAGGUUGGUCCAUUGUGGACCUCGCUUGCUGAGUAUUACAUUAGGAGGGGUUUGCAUGAGAAGGCUAGGGAUGUCUUUGAGGAGGGUAUGUCCACUGUCAUUACUGUAAAGGAUUUCAGUGUCAUAUUUGAUUCCUAUUCUCAAUUUGAAGAGAGUGUGAUUUGUUAUAAGAUGGAAAUGAUGGAUACUGAAGAUGAGGAUAAUGAGGAGGAGGAGGAGGGUGAUGACGAAGAUAUUCGUUUCAAAUAUGAACACUUUGAGAAGAAGAUUUUAAGCGGGUUUUGGUUGAACGACAUAGAUGACAUUGACUUGAGAUUAGGUAGGUUAGAGUACCUGGUGGAUAGGAGGCCUGAAUUGGCUAAUAGUACAAUUUUGCGUGAAAAUCCUCACAAUGUGGAACAAUGGCACAGAAGAGUGAAGCUUUUUGAGGGUAAUCCCACUAAGCAGAUACUCACUUAUGUCCAGGCUGUGAGGACUGUUGAUCCCAUGAAGGCAGUGGGAAAACCUCAUACAUUAUGGACAGCCUUCGCAAAAAUGUACGAACAGCACGAUGAUCUAGCCAGUGCUCGGCUUAUUUUUGACAAGGCAGUGCAGGUUAACUACAAGACUGUGGAUAAUCUGGCUAGUGUCUGGUGUGAGUGGGCUGAAUUAGAAUUGAAACAUAGGAAUUUCAAAGGAGCACUUGAGCUUAUGAGACUGGCUACUGCAGAGCCAUCAGUCGAGGUUAAACUAAAAGUGGCGGCUGAUGGGAAUCAACCGGUUCAGAUGAGACUUCAUAAAUCCUUGAGAUUGUGGACAUUUUAUGCUGAUUUGGAGGAAUGUCUAGGUAAUUUGGAGUCUACUCGGGCAGUUUAUGAACGGAUGUUGGAUUUACAAAUAGCCACACCACAAGUAAUAAUCAAUUAUGCAUACUUUCUGGAGGAGAACAACUUCUUUGAAGAUGCUUUUAAGAUUUAUGAAAGAGGAGUGAAGAUAUUUAAGUACCCACAUGCUAGAGAUAUUUGGGUUACAUAUCUGUCUAAAUUUGUGAAGAGAUAUGGAAAGGCAAAAUUGGAGAGAGCGAGAGAGCUGUUUGAGAACGCAGUUGAAAUGGCCCCAGCUGAUCAAGUGAAGCCUCUUUAUCUUGAGUAUGCUAAGCUGGAGGAGGACUACGGACUAGCAAAACGAGCUAUGAAGGUUUAUGAUCAAGCCACAAAGGCUGUUCCCAACAAUGAGAAGUUGAGCAUGUAUGAAAUAUAUAUUGCUCGUGCAGCUGAGAUAUUAGGUGUACCCAAAACACGAGAGAUCUAUGAGCAGGCAAUUGAAUCUGGUCUUCCGGAUAAGGAUGUCAAAGCUAUGUGUUUGAAGUAUGCCGAGCUGGAAAGAAGUUUGGGAGAAAUUGAGCGUGCUCGUGGUAUAUAUGUUUUUGCUUCAAAGUUUGCUGAUCCACGAACCGAUCCAGACUUCUGGAAUAAAUGGCAUGAAUUUGAGGUUCAGCAUGGAAAUGAGGAUACAUUUAGAGAAAUGCUUCGAAUUAAACGGAGUGUGUCUGCAAGCUACAGCCAGACACAUUUUAUACUGCCUGAGAAUCUGAUGCCGAAGGAUCAAGCUGUGUGUCUUGAUGAAGCCAAAGACAAACUUAAAGAGGCUGGGAACACUGACGAUGAAAUGGCUGGUUUAGAAAGGCAAUUAGCCCCUGCCGCUAACAAAACAGUGACAAAAGAGAGAAAAGUUGGGUUUGUAAGUGUUGGAGUGGAGUCACAGCCUGAUGGAAGGAUAAAAUCUAAUGCAAACCACGAGGAAAUUGACUUACCAGAAGAAAACAAUUCCGAUGAUGAAGAUCAUAAUGAGAUUGCACAAAAAGAUGUCCCUUCUGCUGUUUUUGGCGGUUUGAUUAGAAAGAGGGACGAGAUGGAAAAUGAUGGAGAAGUAGAUGGUAGUAAUCUGCUUGGUGCCCUUGAGAGAAUUAAGAAGCUGAAAAGGAUUUAAAUUGAUGAUUUGUAUAGUGUUCUGUCAAUCUAA